AUGGAUGCAGAUUUGCGCGAGGAAAUCAUGGUGAGGGAGGAGCACGGACCAAAUGGAAAAUUCGUGUCUGAAAAAUAUGUUAGCAGUGAUGAAGAGCCUGCCUCCAAUUUGUCAGGAGAGAUGAUAAAAAAAGGAGCAUGUACUACCCUGUGCACAGUGCAGGGUGCUUAUCACACCAUGUGUGAUGAAGGAAAAAAGGAAGGUAAUGAUAAGUGUAAGGAGGAUGCUAGCACGAACAGUGUUGAUUAUGAAGGAGUCUACCACUCGGACAGCUGCGAAGAUGAGUCCACGUGUGCGUCCUCCAUCGGGAAAAGCGUUCACAUCAUAAAUGUAAGUUUUAGUAAAAUAAAAAAAAACCUACAUGAUAUAAAUAAAGCCAUUCACUUGGAUAUUGACUCGGGGGGACAAACGGGCGAUGAGUUCAGCGAUCAGUUCAGCGAUCAGUUCAGCGAUCAGUUCAGCGAUCAGUUGGGGGACCGAUCAGACGGAGCCACCGUGUCGAGCGACGACAGCAGCAUGGUGAGGACGUUCAACGCUUCAAACCGCAACGUUGAAAUGGAUGGCGAGGACGAUGGUGAGGACAGGAAAAGGAGCAAACAAUUACAGCUACUACUAAACAACGUAAUAAACACCAAGUUAGAAAAAAAAAAAAUCGCUACCCUUGACAUCAUUGAUGAGUGCAUCUCCAUGAAAAACCAUUACAAGUCGAGUGGACAGAAGAGGGAAGAGGGGGAAGAACAGGACAAAUGUGCGUUCCUUGUGGAUGGGGUGCCCCGGGGCGUCAGCUACGCACAGAGUGUGGACUUACACAAGGUUGAAAUAUUAGACCAUCUCUUAGAAGGGAUGGCAGCGUCUGAAGCUGCGCGCGAUUUUGCGGUGGACUCAGACGCCCCGCCGGGCUUUGAUGUGGUGAACUUGAAGGACCAGGGUGCGCUUACCAGCCAAGAGGACGCCGAAGCGGCGAGCGAGGAUGGCGCAGCGGAAUCCCUAAAGGAACACGUGCCCGCGCUGAAGCGCUUCACUGACUGUUUAAUCAAUUUUAAAGACUUCAAGGCAUAUAGAAAAGACAGACUACUGUCCUAUCCUAUAAAUUUUUUUUUAAAAAAACAGCAACAGUUUCUCCAACUGUUAAGGAGAAAAAAGAAGCUCUUCUACUGUGUGCUUCACCUUUGCUUCCUCUUUUCUUACCUUUUCUUUUGCCUUUCAUUUAUCCUUUGCAAGCGUGCCCUGUACGGCAUGUUUUUCGACCAGGAUUUGUGA